AUGUCACGACUUGCAAAGCCAUCUUGGCUCACAAAAGAUUUUUCAAAAACAUUUUAUGAUUCACAAGGAUUGAUUGAAGAGGAUGUCUCACUAUUACUCGGAAAUUAUUGGCUGAAUGAUAAUAUUAUCAAUUUUUAUUACUUGUUUUUGGAGAAUGAAAAAUUCAGAGAAUAUUGUUUUGUUGCACCAUCUGUUUCUUUCAUUAUUUCCAUGGUUGAUGAUGAUGAAAUUAAAAAUACAUUACAUUCACUAAAUGCAAAGGAUAAAAAACUUGUAUUUUUCCCAGUGACUGACAAUACAGACAUUUCAUCUUCAGGAGGAACACAUUGGAGCUUAUUAGUUUUUGAAAGUAAUUCUGGAAAAUUCUAUUAUUUUGAUUCAAUGGGAUCCAUGAACAAGUCAGCUGCCAAAUAUCUUGCCUCAAAGGUGGCUCCAUAUUUUGGUGUGAAAGCUUCCAAUUUACAUAUUGCUAAAGCUCCUCAACAAAAAAAUGGAUAUGAUUGUGGAAUUUAUGUAUUGGCAAUGAGUGAAUAUAUUGCAGAGCAUGGUCUUUCAGAUGCUCAAAUCGAAUCAGAAAUUACACCUUCAAAAGCUACCCAAUUGAGAAAGGUUAUUUUGGAUUUAAUUGAAAAGAAAUCCCAAGAAGAAUAA